AUGAAUCCGGUGGAAGAUAUCAUCUUUGUCAGCGCACCCGAGCAUGAGAAGUGGGAGAGCAGCCCGGUGAAUAUUCCCCUGGAGCAGUUCAUCUCCACCAUUGAGAAGCGUGGCAACGAGAUCGCAGUUAUUGUGAUGAGUGCGGUGCACUUCAUCACAGGGCAGCUCUUUGAUAUACAGGCCAUCGUAAAGGCGGCCCAUGCGAAGGGCAUCCUAUUUGGCGUGGACUGCGCUGAUGCUGUGGGGAAUGUGCCGUUGAAACUGCACGACUGGGAUGUGGAUUUUGCGUUCUGGUGCACGUACAGAUAUCUGAACAGUGGCCCAGGUAACCUCGGUGGCGCCUUCGUGCAUGCAAAGCAUACAGCGGCUGGCAACGAGAUGAAGAUACUGCGUGGCUGGUGGGGUAAUGACCGGCAGAACCAGAUCAGCUUUAACCACAAUUUUGAGCCCGCGGAAGGGGCUUCGGCCUUCCAGCUUAGCAACGUGCCCGCCCUCGGCAUGAUGGCGCUGCUCCCGAGCAUCCGCCUCAUGGCGCGGAUUGGGAUAGGUCCACUGCGUGAGAAGUCACUGCUGUUAACAUCGUAUAUGGAGCUGCUGCUGAGCGAGCUUCUGCCACCCGGCCUGAUUGAGGUCAUCACACCGGUGGACCCCGACCACCGCGGAGCACAGCUGUCGAUACGCAUUCUGCCAAACAAGUUGGCGUCGGGGCUGGCGGCGAAGGAGGCGUACGAAUGCGGCGCUGACGCUGACAGUGAUUCGGACCUCGUUGGGCGGCAUCUGUACGACAAGGGCGUCAUUGUUGACCACCGCCCACCAGAUGUGAUUCGCCUGGCACCCGUUCCGUUGUACAACUCUUUCAUGGAUGUGCUCCUCACAGUGCGUGCCAUCUCUGAAUGUUUUUAG